CCUCGAGCUGCGAUGGCUGUGUUGGUGGUUUUUGCGUCCCGAGCAGUCCCUCCAGGAAAGCAAAUGCUGAUGGCCCAGGCCCAGGGGUCGACGUCUCUGACUCACUCGGGCUUGGACUGGCUGCCGCUGCCGGCACCGCUGUCGGUGCCUCCUUCGCGGGGGGCGCUUUUGGCGCUUCUGCCGGGGCCGAUGGCGCGGUGAAUGGUGACACAACCGCCUGAAGCGCCCCAAAGAUGCCUGAAGGCUCUACUUUUUCCUCCUCUGGGGCAGCAACAGCAGGAGCGGCUGGAACCGUCGGUGGGGGAGGGGAUUUGGAUACUGGUAGAGACUGAAUAGGGGUAGUCAGAGGCAUUUUGGACGGAGGCGGGUGCACGUGAAGGGUUACAUGGCCUGCAGGGAUAUACAUGCACCCACACAAAGAGAGUGAGCCGGUCAAUACGGAACUUGUUUAUUUGUGGGUAGAGCUCCGCUCUCACCUAUGGUGCGAAAUCGUUCGUCCAUCACCUGAUGGGCCGCUUCGUGACGCAUGUCUCCUGUCUCAUCCUCCAGUGGCAUGAAGCCCGUAGAGCCAAUGUACACCGGCUCUAUCGACGAGUCCUCACCUGCACACCAUGGAGCAAUCGAAGUCUCCUCUGUACGUCCCUUUGAGAUGCAGUAUUACCCUCGGCGAAGAGAGCCAAGAAAAAUGCAGGAUUCUUCCCCUUCUGCAUGGAACGUAAGCUGACCUGACGACCACCAUGAUACGUCAUUUGAUGGGUACAGACCCAGAAGCGGGUGCAUGCUUACUGUGUCUCGAAGGUCGAUGGACACCGGCAUGCUCUCCACCAAAUGCACGACCCUCGACCGCCGCGUGCGCCUCGGUUUGUGUUUGCGAAGAAAGUCUGGCGGCUCCCCCUCCCGGCAGACAACGACAGACACGCGAAAUGGCACUUCAACUCGGUCUAGAGGAGCCCAACUGGUAAGCGUGAAAGCCUUCAAAGCCACUGUGAACUUCGGCCGAGGUAUCCCUUCCUCUGCUGACACCGAGGAGCUCCUCGCCUCUGAUGCUGCCUCCUCUGCUGCUUGGAUGAUGUCACUCCUCGGCUCCUGCUCAUCCCCCAUAUACUCGCUGUCCGGCAGCUCUCCCCUCUCGUCCUCUUCGAUCGCCCGGCGCAGCUCGUCCGUGGCGUCAGGAGGGCCCGACGGGUCUCUCUCCUUUUCUUCUGCACGCGGGGGGACAUCCGCCUCCUCGGUGCUGAUGACUGUGACGAAGGAUGAGACAGCGGCUGCCCGGUCGUGCGCAGAUGGGGCGGGUCUUGCCUUGGCAAGAGAGGGAACAGAAUCUGGGAGAGCCACGGGUGCAGGCGCUUGUUCUGCUGCUGGUGGUGGUGCUACUGCAGCUGCUGCUUUCGGCGGUGGUGUCACGGUCGGAGUUGCGCUUUCUUUCCCCCUUCCGACUGCCGUCUUGAUAUCGAUUUUCUUCACCAACCGCCUCUUCCCCUGAACCGCCUUUUCUCGCUGAGCAUCGGUCUUCUGCAGUGGCGGCGGCGGCAUGCUCGUCACUUGUGGGGGCGGGAGGGAGGGGGCAGGGGUGGGAAGGAGAAGCGAGGCGUCCUUGACGAUCUGUAAGAUGCGCUCGACGGGGGCGGCGGCAGCGGCAGCGGCAGCGGCAGCAACAGGGGGCGAGACCGGUGGAGGGGAGGGCAGCGGAGGGGGCGAUGAGGGCGGUGGCGGGCUGACAGGUGUCUCGGUCUGCGUGCCGCUCUCCUCGACUUUUGGUGAGGCUGCCCAUGUCGUGCACUCAGCAAUGGACUGGUAGACAUCCUCGAUGCGUGAGUCCAGAGGUCGGAGGGUGGAGAGACACCUGCAGAAGCACCCAUCCAACAGGGAUCGCAAAAGGGUGCAUUGAAAGCGAUUGGACGUCUCCAGACCUGAGGAGCAGCUGAGCGGUGUCAUUUGGGUCAACGAGCCACCCAGUGGUGAUGGCAGGGACCAGGACCUCAUGCGCUAUCCUCUCAAUCGCCUCCAGCAUGGCAUCCUGGUGGUCGCGGUGACGACUGAUGCGAUGCAACAAGGUCUGGGGAGGGACCCAUACAUGCAGCAAAAAGGUCGCCGCUAUGUGCUGCUUCUCUUGGCUCGUGUGUGUGUCUGUCGUCUCACGUGUAUGUUGGAUUCGUUGUCGGUCUGUCGCUCCCUCUGCAGCCGAGAAAACUGCUCCCGAAGAUGGGACUCUGAGACCUGGUGACGGUGGCACUCUAGAACACAUAUGGAAAUGCUGGGUGAAGCCACGGAACGAAUGAAUGUGUUGGUGCGUGAACUCACCUGAUUUAGAAACCGACAGCUCAUGUGCCUGAAAGCAGACGUACAGACAGACACCUUCAUGCCAAACAUUUCUCGUGAGCAUGGCUCAGCUCACCAGGGCUUCGCUUUGCCUCCUCUGAUCCUUGAGCAGCAGCAGCGUCUCGAAAAAGGCUGAUGCCGUGACGCGUCCGCAUUCAGCAUCCGUCGGCAAGCCACUGGUCGGCAUGGCCAGCCACGACGCGUUGGCGUACAUGCUAUGGCGCUCUUCCGGAUCCAAGGCUCGAG